CUAUCGCUUCGCAUGCAGCUCGCCACGUUGGAAGACUUGACGGGUCGUUGCAUCUUGUCAGAAAACUCUACGUAUUAUUUUAUAUAAAGCCUCUAUUUACAGUCGCCAGAAUACGUCAAGAUGAAAGUCAAGGAAUUGCUGAAGACUGUGAAUGUAGCAUGGUCUCCACCAGCUCAACAUCCUAUCAUGUUGGCUGCGGGGACAGCGGCACAACAACUAGAUGCAAGUUUUAGUACUUCUGCCAGUUUAGAUUUGUACUCAUUGAACUUACAACAACCAGGAUAUGAAAUGGAACUUCAAGCCAGUGUUCCCAGUGAUCACAGGUUUCAUAAAAUUAUUUGGGGAUCCUACGGAAAUAACCCAGCAGGCAUAAUUGUUGGAGGUUGUGAGGAUGGCACUAUAAAAAUCUAUUCUGCUGCAAAGUUAUUGGCCAGGGAUAAUAAUUAUUUGAUAAAUAGUCCUCUCAGACAUGCCGGACCUGUCAGGGCAAUGGAUUUUAAUCCGUUCCGGGAUGAAAAUCAGUUAGCUACAGGUGCAACAGAGAGUGAGAUUUUUAUUUGGGACAUUAAUACAAAUACACCAACAACACUUUCUAAAAAUCAGCAGUCAGAAGAUGUUCAACACAUUGCUUGGAACAAACAAGUACAUUUAAAGGAUAUUCUUGCAUCCACAUUUUCACAGUGCUGUGUUAUAUGGAAUGUGAAAGAAAAAAAGCCAAUAUUCAAACUGACAGAUGCAAAUUCAAGGGUACGUUGGAAAGUUGCCCAAUGGCAUCCAGAUGUUGGAACACAAUUGUGCUUAGCAUCCGAGGAUGAUCAAACACCCAUCAUUGAAUUGUGGGAUGUAAGAGUUCCAACAUCACCUCUAAAAACUCUGCAAGGUCAUCAGCGUGGUGUUCUAUCAAUUGCAUGGAAUCCACAAGAUUCUGAUCUACUUUUGAGCUGCGCAAAGGAUAAUAGAAUUUUGUGUUGGAAUCCUAAUUCAAACGCACAGAAUGGUGAAGUGAUAUGUGAGUUAGCUCAAACAGCUCAAUGGAAUUUUGAUGUCUCGUGGUGUCCGAGGCAUCCAGGAUUAAUUGUUGGCAGUAGCUUCGAUGGCCAUGCUGUUGUCUACUCUUUAUUAGGUGGAUCACAACAAGAAAUAUCCAACAGAAUGGAUUUAUUCCCAGGAAUAGAUCCUUUCAACCAGCCUCUACCUACAAUGCAAACAGGAACAGCACCAGUUUUAACAAAAGCGCCUAAAUGGUUAAGAAGACCAUUUGGAGCAUCAUUUGGGUUCGGUGGUAAAUUAGUAAUUUUCGAGAAUCAAUCUGCUGAUUUAAACAGAAAGCCAAAUUUAGAGAGGAAAGUUAUUAUAUCACAAGUAAUCACACAACCCAGUCUCAUUCAACGUUCCAAUAAAUUAAAAGCAGCAGUGGAAACUGAACAAUAUAGUGAUUUCUGUCAAGAAAAGGUGGAUAGAUCGUCAGAUGAACAUUCGAAAAAAAUCUGGAGCUGUGUUCGUGCUUACUUUGACGAAAAUGUGACAAAGAGUAUAUUAGAAUUAUUGGGCUACAAUAUCGAAACGAUGAAUAAUAAACUGAAUCAGUUUAUACCUCAGGAUGAUAUAAGCAGCAUCAUAGAAGGUGUCUCUAAUCUUAACAAUGUAUUAAAUGGAAAUGUUAUGGCCGGUAGUACUGGAUUUGAUACCAUUGCACAAGAGCAAAGCAAGAAAGCAUCGUUAAACAAACUUGUGGAUAACACUUACACCAUAAAUACUUCCGAUGAUGAGGAUGGCCUUAUCACUCAGGCAAUCCUCUUAGGAAAUAUCGAGGCUGCCGUAUCUUUGUGCUUCGCUAGCAAGAGGUACGCCGAUGCCAUAAUCCUCUCGAUGGCUGCCGGCCCCGAGUUACUGGCUCGUACCCAGUACAGAUACUUUUCAGAACAUUCCAGUGCACUGAAUUCUUUGAUCAAUUCAUUAGUUAGCGAAAAUUGGGCAGAGGUUGUGAGCAGCAGUGACAUAAAAUGCUGGAAGGAAGCGUUAAUUGGUAUAUUUACACAUUCCAGUACACAGGAGCGAUCUGCCUUGUGCGAUAUGCUCGGCGAUCGUUUGGUGUCGUGUGACAAUCCGAGUCUUAAGAAGCAAGCGCAAAUUUGUUACAUUUGCUCCGGCAACUUGAACAAGCUGAUUGAGGUGUCCGAUGCCGAUAUUCAAGAAGUGGUGGAACUGGUCGUCAUCAUGCAGAAAGCCUUGGAACUGCAAGGUGUCAGAGAAUUCGAGAUAAAGGAUAAAAUUGCCUCUGUGCUGUCUCAGUACGCUGAGAUGCUGGCGGCGGAGGGUGAUCUGGAGGCCGCCUUGAAUUACCUUGGAAACAGCCAGGAACAAAGAGUUUCGAUGUUGAGGGACCGUUUGUGCAAAGCUCUGAGUUACAUACAAGAGCAGAGGCAUGUCGCGAAGCCUGCGACGCAGAACUACUACUACGAACAGACGCAAAGACCCUCGCAGAACUUGCAGAACGUGUACAAUCCGCUGCAACAACCGUUUCAACAAACACUGGGCGGAGACCCCGCGCAGAGCUGGAACACAACUCCGCUGAAACCUUACGGUGCUUCUACAAAUCCAUUUAAUAGUCCACCGUCCCAGCUGUCGCAGCCGCCUCAGUCGUCCCAGCCGUACGGAAUGCCUCCACUCCCCCCACAGCCGCAAGCACAGUCCACGAUCUACGAUCAGUAUUCCACAUCACACUCGUACAAUCAAGCCCCUUACAAUCAAGUUCCCGCUCAGCCUCCACCUCCACCUCCACCGACAUCCGGUUCUAGUUUGAGUGGCUCGAGACCAUCCAGUGUCGGACCGCAAUCGAGAUCAAAAUAUCUAAUAGAUCCCUCUGUCAAAUCCACUCCCUCAUACGGUCAGAGUGGUUUCCCGUCGCAAAAUCCGAUAUACAAUUCUCAGCAAGUGGCUCCCGUUCCUGGCUACCCCCUACAAAAUUCAUACCAACCCCAAGUUCCUAUGUCCGGUAACGUUUAUCCCAAUCAACCGCCAACUUUCAUGAAUAAUCCGAAAGAACCUGAGUUGCACAAGCCACCUCAGUCAAACGUGAUGCCGCCAGCGCAAAAUGCGCCCCAGACCCAGAUAUACGAACCCGUCAGAUCGCAGCCUGCAUCACAAAUACCGUUACCUGGAAAUGAAAACAUGUAUCAGAUACCGCCGCAAUCGUCUGGAUGGAAUGAUCCACCGAUUGGAAAAGUUCCAAAAUGCAGGUAAAUCAUCCCGGUACUGGCAUUAUACAACAAAAACGAAAUGUCUGCGGAACAUGCUGGUACCAGGAAGUGGAAAGCAAAGCAUUCGAGGGGUACAAAUGUUAAGCCAAAACAGGAAUUUCAGUCAAAAGUUCCCAUUUUGCAUCCAUUGCGAGGUAGCCAACCAGAACCAGCUCCAUUACCUCAAGAUAAUCUCUAUCAGCCUCUUGAAAGUCAUGCACCUUAUAAUUCACAAUAUGGACAAAGUAUGCCAAGCAUUGCAUCACCUAUCAAGCCACCGGUUGAGCCAUUACAACCUGCGAUGCCUGCGAAGGUGGUUGAACAUGAAAAACCCAAAGCGCCCAUUCCGGAGCAGCAUGUACACUUGAAAACAGUAUUGGACGAAUUAAAAAAUCAAUGCUACGAAAAUGCAAAGAACCCGCAAAUUAAAAGAAAAAUAGAAGACGUGUCAAAGAAACUGGAAGUGCUAUACGAUUGUCUUAGAGAGAAUAAGUUAUCUCAGAAUACCUUGCAAGGGUUACAUCAAAUAUCACAAACGAUUCAAAAUGGUAAUUAUACGGGAGGAUUAGACUUACAUACGCAGUUAGUAUCAGGACCAGAUUUCAGUCAGAUAGCUUCCUUUAUGCCGGGGAUUAAAGUUUUACUUCUAAGUGCUCUUCAAUUAAGCGUAUACAUUAGAUAGAAUGCAAAAAUCAUUGUUUCUGUAUCAUUAUGAAUUUUUAUAAUUCUAAGCAGCCUUAACAAGAGAAUUAUUUGUUACAUUACUUAAAAAAAACUUGAUAAUAAUCAGUAUAAGUACCCGAUAGUGUGUAAUCUAUAAUCACUCGCAUCAUUUAUCAAUGAAAUUUUAUAUAGUCUGCUUUGAGAAUUAUAUUUUAUUAAUUCAGAAUAACUUUAUAUAAUUUUGCUAAUUGUCAGUCUUUUAUUGUUAAAUAUGUAUGUAAGAAGAUAACAUAAAAUAUAUAUUUACAUAAGACGUCCAUACGAAAGAUUUAGGGGCAAGAUGUUAAUAAAACUUUGCUUCGAUAAUGUGUAUAUAAUUAUAAUAUUAAAAUCUGUUAUGAAAGAAAUAUUCUAAUAAAUCAAGAACUUGUUUCUUUUAAACUUU